UGUCAUCAUCGUCUGCCUCUCACUUCACGCUUGUCGAAUAGUCGACGAUUGUUAAUAGGGGAAGUGAGUUGUAUUAAAAAAUUAAGAUGAAUCUUCUUUCGGCUUUUUGUUUAAUUGCAACGGCUGCAUCUCUGGGUUGGGCUAGUGAAGAAAUUAAGAGCGACGAAGGUGUUUUAGUGCUCACUAAAUCCAACUUCAAACAGGCCAUCACCGACAACGAAUUCAUCCUUGUGGAGUUUUAUGCUCCCUGGUGUGGCCAUUGCAAAGCGUUAGCUCCUGAAUAUGUAAAAGCAGCGAAAGCACUUGCCGAGCAAGAUUCUAAAAUUAAACUAGGCAAAGUGGAUGCCACUGAAGAAACCGAACUUGCUGAAGAACAUCAAGUUAGAGGCUAUCCAACUUUGAAAUUCUUCAGAAACGGAAGUCCCAUAGACUAUAACGGUGGUAGACAAGCUGAUGACAUCGUCGCGUGGCUUUUGAAGAAAACUGGGCCACCAGCCAAAGAACUCAAAACUGUUGAAGAAGCCAAAGAAUUCAUCGAUGCAAGCAACGUUGCUGUUAUUGGAUUUUUCAAGGAUCAAACGACUGAUAAAGCUAAAGCAUUCCUGGCAGCAGCUGCUACUAUUGACGAUUAUCCCUUCGGAAUUACCUCUGAAGAUAGCGUCUACAAGGAAUAUGAAGCCGAAUGCGGAUCCAUCGUUUUGUUCAAAAAGUUCGAUGAAGGAAAAGUUCUUUUUGAAGGUGAAGCCACUGAGAAGAAUAUCAAGAAAUUCGUUGCCGGUAACUCUUUGCCCCUCAUCGUCGAAUUCAACCAUGAAACAGCCCAAAAGAUUUUCGGUGGUGACAUCAAGAGCCACCUUUUGUUGUUCUUGAACAAGGGUGAAGAUCACUUUGAGAAGGUCGCUGAAGCUGCAAGAUCCGUUGCCAAGCCCUUCAAAGAACAAGUCUUGUUCGUCACCAUCGAUGCUGCUGAAGAAGAUCAUCAAAGAAUCUUGGAAUUCUUCGGAAUGAAGAAAGAUGAAGUUCCGGCAGCCCGUCUUAUCAAACUUGAAGAAGACAUGGCCAAAUACAAACCAGAAACUGAUGAAUUGUCUUCUGAAAGUAUUAAAAAAUUCGUUGAAGAUUUCCUCGCUGGUAAACUCAAACAACAUUUGCUCACUCAAGAUCUUCCUGAAGAUUGGGAUAAAGAACCAGUUAAAGUUUUAGUAGCUAGUAAUUUCGAUAGUGUCGUAUUCGACGCAGACAAAGACGUUUUGGUCGAAUUCUACGCUCCCUGGUGCGGUCAUUGCAAGCAGUUGGCCCCUAUUUAUGAUAAAGUGGGCGAACAUUUCAAAGAGAACAAGAACAUUGUCGUCGCGAAGAUCGAUGCUACCGCUAAUGAACUUGAACAUACCAAAAUAACGAGCUUCCCUACAUUGAAAUUUUAUCCCAAAGGUGGGAAUAACGUUAUUGAAUAUAACGGUCCAAGAACAUUCGAAGGUUUAGUUAAAUUUAUCGAAUCCGGUGGUGUUGACGGUGCUGGUGUUGACGAGCCUGUCGAAGAAGAAACAGAAGAUGAUGACUCACCAAGAAAAGAUGAGUUGUAAAUUAUUAGGUACUUAGUUUUACUAACAUUUCUAAAUUUACUCAUUUUUGUAUAUCAAAAAUUUUACGCAUUUACGAUUUUCUGUUCUCGGUUUUGUAGGUACCUAUACAAUUUGAACUUCCCAAAUGUUUUAUUUGUGCCUCCAUUUAAGGAGGAUUUGUGAGACUGGUUGUGCAAUUGAUAUCUGCCUGACUUUAACAAGCAAGUUCUUUAUUAACAUUCCUUUCUUUUUCUAUAUUAAAUUGUUUUUGUAUAUUGCUAUUUCGUGUAUUUAUUUUUUAUUCACUUCAUAGAUGAUAUUUUUCUACUGAUUAUGUUGUAGCAAUUUAGGUUAGAGCACAAAUGGCAGAUUAUGUUGUGUGUUUGUGUGAGUGUAUAUUUUUAACAUUAAAGAAUUGUAAACUAAGAUAUUUUUUUGUGAAUUACUGUAAGGCGAAGCUGAAACAAAUAAAUGAAAUUGUAUGUAAA